GUUUAUCUGGAAUAUAAUUGUUCUUUUAAAACGCAAUGUGAUCUCCAAAAUGCCAUGUUGGCGAGCAUCUAAGUUGCUAAGAUGUAUUGCGACUCUGGCCUGCUCAGGAAACAUGAAGCAUACACUUCUCUUGGCAACUUAUUUGGUGCCGGUUGUGAAGGGAAGAAAAUGAAGACCCUUCGAAGCCUUGUCAAAGGUGGCCAUAUUGACGAAAAGGGCAGACGCAGUCGAAAAGUUUCAUUGCCAGCCCAGAGGUAUGCACCAGAAAGUUUUGAAAUUCCAAGAGACCAAAAGCCUCCGACCCUGUGGCAAAAUAUGAAAAGAAAGAUUAGUUUUUCAAUCUCACAUGAAGAGCCGGAGAAAAUCGAAGACAUUUGUGAGUCAAGGAAGCAAAAUGAGUGUACUAAUAAAGAGAUAAGAAAACUUGUGGAAGAGGAAGUGACAGAUAGUCCUAGACUUCGCAGGGUAAAUUCUGAUGUUGCGGAGGAGGACGUUAUGCACUUUGCAAUAAUUGAAGGUGAUUUGGAGCUCCUAAAAGGCGUGUUGCGUUCCAAAGUUAACGUGAAUUAUCUUCGUCCGCCCGGUACUGCUGCGUUACACCAAGCGUGUAUAGUUGGGAAUUUAGAAAUAGUGGAAAUGCUUGUGAAAAAUGGAGCUAAUAUCAACGUAAGAGAUCACAUGGAUCUAACACCGUUACAGCUUGCCAACUGUCAUGGGCAUUUUGACAUAGCAGAGUAUCUCCUGCGUAUGGGUUCACCUGUCACAGACAUAAAGGACGGCUUUCAAAUCGAGAGAAGACGAAGAAAAAGGUCCUUCGGUUUGAAAUGGUUUCAUAGGCGAGGACAAACGCAGGAAACGGCAAAUGAAACUUCUCAAGAUGGCUUGUAGAUUAGGAAAAUGAAGACAUCAAUUCGAUGCGAUGCAGCGACUGCCGGCAUAGAUUGCAUGCAGCAUUUGCAUGAUCAGUACAGAAAAAUAUCUAUAUCUGAUAAUACCGUUUUGGUUCGUAAAUACGUACGUGUACCAAAGCGCAUGCGCGGAGCUUUAUUUUGCUUGAAAUUGCGCGGAAAACUCCAUCUUUCUUUAUUUCGCGCAAAAACUUCAUUUUCUCAAAUUUCGUGCAAAAUUUUUACUAAAACUUUUUGAUAAUGAUAUCAGAAACGACGGUCAAUUAUAAAAGGAGUGAGUCGCGGGUAGGGUUAGAGAGAGGAGUAUUUGUUUCCUUCCAGUGGACCUCUGCGAAGGAGAAGUUGAGCACUAGUAAACUGUCAACAUUUAGUCAAAACCAUUUGAUUUUUAAAACACCGUUACCAAAAACGCAAACGAUUGGAUAAGACCAUGUCAUUAUAGGACGUUACGAUAGGAUCUUCUAUCAUCCUCGGCCAAAAAACUUCAGCUUUAAUACGGUAUCAAACCUUUAUUUAACUGCUUCUGUUUCUAAAAUGAUCGUCAUUACAAUUGUCAUUAUCAAAAUGCUGAGCCUCCCAGUUGACGUCCUAAACCCCGCGCGGAAACAGUCAUCUUUCUUUAACGCGUGGAAACCUUUAUCUAUCUUUAAUUUUGCCGCAAAACAUCAUUUUGCGAGAGUGACUUUUCUUAUCAUUUUGUCUUGUUAUCUUAUCCUUCCCAAUGUUGCAAAUCGUUCUUACAUUUUGGCGCGGAAAUUCAGCCAUAGCAUAACUGUGCGCGGACAAAACUGGGUUCCUCGCACCUACCAAAACCAACUGCCUAGGCAUGGCUUGUCUGGGAAACUGAAUGAGUAAACAUUUAUCGAAUUUCAUUAAAAACCCCUCAUUAAAAAAUUAAUCGUAAAACUCGACGUGAUUAGCUGACGGAAGAUAGGAUCGCAUCCACUGUCGAAACGAAGGCCAGUAAUCCAGUAAAGAAGUCACAUCGGUUUACCCGAUAAAUAAAGAGACUCCUAUUUUGGCAGUUUAUGAUACAUCAGCAAGUGUUCUAUCAUUUCUGGAAAAUCUUAAUACUGCAAGAGAACGUUUGACAGCAUAUUGGGGAGCUUUCACAAUUGACAUAUAAUGCUUAUUGGGAGGAGGGUGAUACCUCCAAGUUGCCAUAAGGGGAGAGGGGGGUACUAUUUAAAGUUGACACAGGUGAUGGUUACAACAAUCCUUACGCAUAGUUUUAGAACAUAACUCUUAAUAUCUUGAAAAUACUUAAAUAAACAGGAAAUUGACAAAACUUUACUAAAAUUCUCUGAAACCUUUAUCUGCACGGUGGUCUCCUAACAUAAGAUAAUAGAAAAUGGGCUCCAGGGGGCGAGGGGUUAAACUUGCUUAAAGUUGACAAGAGCCAAAGAGAGGCAGCAAGGGGCCUCGAAAUGAGUAAAAUAUUGACUGAUGUCAGUUGUGAAUGCCUCUUUGUGAUUAAGCUGUGCAGAAUUGUAUACAUUUGAAGAAUAUUCUAUAAAUUAAAUCCUAUCUUGAUACCAAAAA